AAAAUAAAAUAUCCAGCUAACUCUUCCCGGGAAAAGUACUCACUAAAUUCUCUCUCUUCCAUUUCUCCAUACAUUCUGAUCAUCUUCUUCAUCUCCCAUCAACUGAAAACUAAAACCCUAAUUUUAAUGGAGAUUGACACUCUUUCAUCUUCAAAUACACCUCCAUUUUCGUUUCCAGACCUCUUACAAUGCAAUGGUCAAGCUUCGACCGACUCACCGACUACUCAGUGCAGUUUUAACUCAGUAAUUGAAGGCUCGCUCAUGAGUCCGGGUGCUGUUGCUGCGCUUAGAGUCCAGAAAGUGUACAGAAGUUACCGCACUCGGCGUAAAUUAGCAGAUACCGCCGUCGUUGUCGAAGAACUCUGGUGGCAAGCGAUCGAUUAUGCUAGGUUGAGUCGCAGCACUAUCUCCUUUUUCAAUUUACCUGAAACGGUGGCGUCUCGUUGGAAUAGAGUCAGCUUAAUUGCUUCGAAGGUGGGUAAAGGUCUUUCUCAAGAUUCGAAAGCGCAGAAGUUAGCUUUUCAGCAUUGGAUUGAGGCUAUUGAUCCUCGACAUCGUUAUGGUCAUAACUUGCAAAUUUAUUAUGAUGAAUGGUGUCAAACAAGUUCUGGCCAACCCUUUUUCUACUGGCUGGAUGUUGGAGAUGGCAAAGAUUUAGAUCUCAAAGUAUGCCCAAGACUGAAGUUACGCGAGCAAUGCAUCAAGUAUCUUGGACCUCAAGAGAGAGAGCAUUACGAGUACAUUGUUUCAGAGGGAAAAAUUAUCCACAAGCUAACUGGGGAUUUACUCAAUACUAAGAAAGCAUCAGGAGUGGUCAAAUGGAUAUUUGUCAUGAGCACUUGCAAGAAACUCUAUGCUGGUGAGAAAAAGAAAGGAAAAUUUCAUCAUUCAAGCUUCUUAGCUGGAGGAGCUACCUUAGCUGCUGGAAGACUUGAUGUAGACCAUGGUACUUUGAAGUCCAUCUCUGCAUAUAGUGGACAUUAUCGUCCAACGGAUGACCGUCUAGAUGCCUUUGUUUCCUUCCUAAAGGAGAAUGGUGUAGACCUUGACCAAGUUGAGAUCCACCGACCAAAUGAAGGCUAUUCUACCUGCGAGGACACCCUAUCUAGUAUUGUGACCAUAACUGAAGCGUCCAACUGUUAUAAAUCCCUCGAAGCCAAAGAAGAAAGCGAGGCAGAACAACUUCUUUCUGAGCAAGCUGAAUCCCGAAGUGAGUACAAGAGAACUUUGUCUGGUGGUCUACAAAGUCCAAGACCCGAGGUACCCAAAGAAGCAAUCCUUCAAAGAAUCAAUUCGAAAAAGGCGGAUUCAUAUGAACUGGGACAUCAACUCGCAAGGACAUGGUCGACUGGUGCUGGCCCUAGAAUUGGAUGUGUUGCUGACUACCCUUUAGAACUCAGGUUUCAAGCAUUAGAGUUCACCGAACUUUCUCCCAGAAAUCUAGCUUCACCAUCACCAUUCAAACAUAUUGCUGAUUCUGUUUCACCAUCCCCUGCUUGUCCUGCUCCUCCGUCCCCUGCUCGUCCUGUUCCUCCUAUACUGUCAUUAACAUCUAAGAAAUUCUUCAACUCAUGAAUAUAAGUAUCGCUCGAGUACAUUUCUGUUACUAGUCUAUCGCACCUAUUUUUAUGCUGUAAUGUAUGCUUUGAAUCAUUAGCAAACUUUUUACCUUCAUAUUUUAAAAUGAUCAGCGUAGGGGAAUUUAGGCCCAGGCUUUCCUAGGCCACGACCCAAAUCAUUUAAUUAAAAACAAUUUGAGCUGGUUCAGCAUAUAUGUAGAGGUAAAUGUUCCAUGUAUCCUAUAUUGUUGCUCUUGAAUUGGCAUUACAACACUUAAUGACGGGUCAA